GAAUCAAAUGAUCUCGCUAAGCAACUCGCCCCUGAGCUGUCAGCCCUCAUUUUGACUUUGGUUGUAUUUUUAUAAAAUCGAUAAAAGUCGCUAUUUCCUAGCCGUAGCAACGCGCCAGCACAUUAAAAAUGUCCGAACCGAUGCAACUGAAGAAGAAGGAAGUUUUACCGAAACUCCCUUGCGAGUUUCUAACGCCCAACGAUUCCAAGGACCCCAGUUACACCAACCUGGAGGUGCCCUAUCGUGUGAUUUGCAGACAAAGGUACCAAAAAGCCGGCACACAGCAAAGAUUGCAGUUCUUGCGCGAGAUCCGGAGGCAAGAAAUCUCACAAUCGAAAGCCUUGAGCGGUGUGCGGAUCCACCGUGUGUUCUUAAAUCCGGUGUUGGUGCCUGCGAAUCCGGUCGAAAUUGUUAAACUCACGCCCAAACAGAAGUUUAAACUUGAACAGUUGUUGAACGAAUAAAGGGUUAAAAGAC